AUGUCGCACACGGAUCAUCGAGUGGGUUAUGUUGUAUUGGCUCUCAUUGCUGUCAUCCUCUACUUCACGGCGAUCGGCUACGGUGGAUGGGAUUGUAAAGGCAGCAUUUUGGGCCAGACAUGUGCCAAAAACUCGGUGAACCUGACAACUGGCGCCCUCCUCACUACAGCUGGUGUGGUUGUCUUUUUUGCCGCCAUCUUCCUCAUUCUUACCUUGACGAAGGGAAAGGACUGGAUGGACAUUCUAGCCACUGUGCUCACCAUAAUUGCCGCAAUUUUGGCGAUGGCUGGAGUGUUUUACUAUUUAGACAAAAAAAAUAUAUGGUCUCCAUUCAUCGCUACCAUUGCGAUGUCGAUCACUGUGGCUCUUGCCGCCAUUCUCAUAUGCGAUCAUUGCACCAUCACCACUCAUAAAGCUUAA